AUGGCUUGCAGAGUGCAGAAAAGGGUAUCAUUUCGCAGAAGACUUCACAUUCUGCGAGCUCUUACCAACUCCAACAACAAUGCCAAUAUCAACAGAAGUUCUACUGCUAAGUGUAGUUUUCUACAUAUACAGAAGCUAAAGAUGGCACUGGAAAAUGUCAAGAGAGAGUAUGAAAACCUGUUAGCCACAAGAAGAUACUACAUUAGUUUACUGAAUAAUAAUGUCAAUGAUAACAAGGAGGUUAAAAUAGAGAAAAUAAGGGAAGGAACAUUUAUGGUGAAGGUGACAUGUGUAAAAGGAGGUGACAAGUUGGUUGCUAUUUUAGAGGCUUUUGAAAAGAUGUGUGUGAAUGUUGAGCAAGCAAGAGUUUCAACUGAAAAUGGGUUUUCUAUGGAAGCUAUUAUUGUGGCUGAGGAUCAAAAUCUUGAUGUUAGAGAUGUUAAUGAAGAGCUUCUAAAAGCUAUUGGUGAAAAGGGAUCAGAUGAGGUUGACAAAUGUAGUAAUUUGUGA